AGUGUGCAACGAUGAGCUGCUAGCACCGAGCAACACACAAUUUGUUAGCAGCAAAUAUAAUAGACUUUAUAUUGACGCUGGAGUUUUGAUAGCAACCCAUCCUAAAACGUAAUCUCAUAUUCAAGCCCAUGGCGACGAGAAGGGCAAUAGUCCAUGAAGACUUAUGGGUUCACAGAGAGUGGCUGGUCCACCAGGGACAACAUCAAGCACUGGAGCACAGAUAACACCUUCAAACCAAUAAACCAUGAUCCCCAUCACUGAACUGCGGUACUUUGUGGACACACAGCCAGCAUACCGCAUCCUGAAACCAUGGUGGGAUGUGUUCACCGACUACAUCUCCAUUGUUAUGCUUAUGAUUUCUGUGUUUGGGGGGACACUGCAGGUCACCCAGGACAAGAUGAUCUGCCUACCCUGCAAAUGGGUGGUCAAUCAGACCUGCAAGAAGAACUUCAAUUCCACCCUCGCUGCAUCGUUGUUCUUGGAGCCCAAAGGGAUCCAGUAUGAUCUGGACCGCCACCAGUACAACUAUGUGGAUGCUGUGUGCUAUGAGAACAGAUUGCACUGGUUUGCCAAGUAUUUCCCCUACCUAGUAUUACUCCACACCCUUAUUUUCCUGGCUUGCAGCAACUUUUGGUUCAAGUUCCCUCGGACUAGCUCAAAACUAGAGCACUUUGUAUCCAUUUUGCUGAAAUGCUUUGAUUCCCCAUGGACUACUAGGGCACUGUCAGAGACAGUAGUUGAAGAGAGUGAUCCGAAACCGAUGAAAAUGAACGGCUCAAUGGACCACAAAGAGUCUGUUAUCAGUGAGGAUGUUGAAGCAAGUGUUCCUAUGCUCCAACGGACAAAGACGCGCUUUGAGCAGGGCAUUGUAGACAGAACAGAAACGGGUGUUUUGGACAAGAAAGAGGGUGAACAGGCAAAAGCCCUGUUUGAAAAGGUGAAGAAGUUCCGUAUUCAUGUGGAAGAGGGAGACAUUGUAUACAGACUGUACAUCCGUCAGACUAUCAUCAAAGUUAUCAAAUUUAUUUUGAUAAUCUGCUACACAGGGUAUUACGUCCACGAUAUUAAAUUCAGUGUUGACUGCUCUGUGGAUAUAGAAAGUCUGACAGGUUACAGUGUGUAUCGUUGUGCUCAUCCAUUAGCUACACUUUUUAAAAUCUUGGCCUGUUUUUACAUUAGCUUAGUAGUGGUGUAUGGUUUGAUCUGCAUGUAUACCCUUUGCUGGAUGCUUCGGCGCUCUCUAAAGAAGUAUUCUUUUGAGUCAAUACGGGAAGAGAGCAGCUACAGUGACAUACCUGAUGUUAAGAAUGACUUUGCAUUCAUGUUGCACAUGAUAGAUCAGUAUGACCCUCUGUACUCUAAGCGCUUUGCUGUGUUCCUCUCUGAAGUAAGUGAAAAUAAGCUGAGGCAGCUCAACCUAAACAAUGAGUGGACACUGGACAAGCUCAGGCAGAGGAUAACUAAGAACUCUCAGGAGAAGUUGGAGUUGCACCUUUUCAUGCUCAGUGGCAUUCCAGACACAGUAUUUGAUCUAAUGGAGCUAGAGGUUCUUAAACUGGAGCUCAUCCCAGACGUCACCAUCCCCCCGAUCAUCGCUCAGCUGAUAAACCUGCGAGAGAUGUGGCUCUACCACACUCCAGCCAAAAUUGAAGCUCCAGCAUUGGCUUUUUUACGAGAGAAUUUAAAGUCUCUGCACAUCAAGUUCACCGACAUCAAAGAGAUUCCCUUAUGGAUCUACAGUCUGAAGAAUCUCAGUGAGCUUCAUCUCACGGGGAAUCUCAGUGCUGAGAACAACCGUUACAUUGUCAUCGAUGGGCUCCGGGAGCUCAAGAGGCUCAAAGUUCUUCGUCUAAAGAGCAAUCUCACCAAGCUACCUCAAGUGGUGACUGAUGUGGGCAUGCACCUCCAGAAGCUGUCCAUCAAUAAUGAAGGCACCAAGCUGAUGGUGCUCAAUAGUCUAAAGAAGAUGGUUAACUUGACCGAAUUAGAGCUCAUUCGCUGCGAUCUGGAACGCAUACCGCACUCAAUCUUCAGCUUGCACAACUUGCAGGAGAUUGAUCUGAAGGACAACAACCUGAAGACCAUUGAGGAGAUCAUCAGCUUCCAGCACCUCCACCGGCUGGUCUGCCUUAAGCUCUGGUACAACCAGAUUGCCUACAUUCCCAUCCAGAUAGGCACACUGACCAACAUGGAGAAGCUGUACCUGAACAGAAACAAGAUUGAGAAGAUUCCCGGCCAGUUGUUUUAUUGCCGCAAGCUUCGAUUUUUGGACCUUAGCCAUAACAACUUAACCUAUAUCCCAACAGACAUUGGCUUUCUCCAGAAUCUUCAAUACCUGGCAGUGACCGCUAAUAGAAUCGAGAGCCUACCUAAUGAGCUGUUCCAGUGCAAGAAACUCCGCACUUUGAACUUGGGAAACAAUUGCCUGCAGUCUCUGCCAUCGCGGUUUGGAGAGCUGACCGGGUUGACACAGCUAGAGCUGAGAGGAAACCGUCUGGAGUGCUUGCCAGUAGAGCUAGGCGAGUGCCGACAGUUAAAGAGAACCGGCCUUGUGGUGGAGGAGGACCUCUUCAACACCCUGCCCACCGAGGUUAAGGAACAGUUGUGGAAAGUUGACAAAGAGCAGACUUAAACAGGUCUGUGGCUGCGAGUAAAAACAGAUAUUCACCUACUGGGCCCUGACACAGGAGGAAUGCCCACACCGUCACAGAGGGCUUGUUGAAGCAGGCUGCUGAAGUGUACAGCCAGAGGGGUUGGGUAUCGAGUGCCAGUGCCAGUUUGACAAACCCAGAAUACUGAUUCUUACCGAUUCUCAGCUGCCAGUAGUUUCUCCUAGUUAUUAACUGUCCAGCUGAUUUGCUUCCUUCACAAACAACUUCUCAGGCCCUUCCGUUAUAGCUCAGUAAUGAUGCUUUUUAGCAAUAAUUAAGCAGUGCCAUUGUGAUGCACAGUGUGCGUUUACAUUUAGUGCUUCUCAGUUAUGGUGGAGAAGUUUGAGUAUGCAAAACUUUGGG